AAUGGGAGGCAUGACAAAUCUUUCAAACAGGUCAUGUCCUUUUGCUAAAAAAGGCAAUAUUUGCCCUUCAGCUAAUUUUCUUCUCAAAAACCCUUCAGUCUACUCAGGCCUGUCUGGACAAGCCACUAAAUAGUUCUAAUAUACAAACUAAGGUGUUUAAGACUGAAGAUCAAAAACAAUCACAUUUUUUCGUGUACAUUUGUUAUAACUUGCACAGUAAAGUCAACACGCCCUAAUAUUGUACUGCCAGAAUAUUCUCUGCUCUCAUAAGAUAUUAUAUUUGCAAAUACACAUGACUAUAUGCCUUUAGCUGCUUUUUUUAAAGUGUGCAUUAGCUUUGUCCAUUAUCAGUGACGCUCACUGAGUGCUCUAUAAAAGAUUUAAACAUUAGUUGUCUUUGAUGACGCCCUUUUUUGUCUUUUUCACAGCAGAUCGUGUCGUCAGGAAUUUACUGUAACUUCUCAACAGGUAGAGACUUGAACGCUCUAGCAGAGGAGGUGCUUUACUUUCGAGUCUGAGCAGCUUUAAAAUGCUCUGCUUUGGUAGAACAGACGCUCACAGUUGUGUCGUCUACUUACAUUAAUCCAAAUUUGGAGAAUAUGGACAACUCCACAGACCUAACAACGGACAACUUUGACGCAAACUGUCAGGAGAACGUCGACCAAAACCGAGCGCUGUAUAUUUUCUACUCUUCUGUGGUAGUGCUGGAGUUUAUCUUGGGUCUCCUGCUGAACAUUACAGUUAUCCAUCUCUUCAUCUUCAAGCUCAAGUUCUGGAAAUCUAAGACCAUUGACAUUUUCCUGUUCAAUCUGGUCCUGGCUGACAUUUUGUUGCUGAUUGGAUUGCCUGUAAAGGCGUAUAACUUUCAGCAAUGCAGUGAACAGAAAGUAGUGUGCAAAGUACAGCUCUUUCUGCAGUUUCUCAACCGAGGAGCAAGCAUCGCCUUCCUGACGGUCAUCUCCAUUUAUCGAUAUUUUAGCGUGGUCCAUCCUGGGAAGAGGAAAGUUCUGAGUAUUUUGAAACGAUCGCCUCAGAUUUCUGUAUUCAUCUGGGGGCUGCUGGGAAUUUUGACCAUUCCGGCCAUGUUGCAAAGUUUUAUCAGAUGCAACAGCAGUGAAAAAGAUGAGGAACUCAGCACCAUUGUUCUACUCAGGGAAAUUGUGUUUUUUACUCAGAUUUUCAUCCCCUUUUUUGUUCUUGUGUACUGCUCAAUACGGAUUAUCAAAAGACUCAAACAGAAGUCGGUGGGCGACAAGACUAAACUCUGGAGAGCGAUGUUCCUCGUCACUUCGGUGGUUCUCGUCUUUGCUGUCUGCUUCUUGCCAUAUGCCUUUACAAGAGUGGUGCAACUAAAGAUCAGUGGGCUCGUGAUGAAAGAGGAAAAAGUUACUGUCGUUAAACUGUACGAUGGGCUUCUUUGUCUCUCUUAUCUGAACUGUCUACUGGAUCCGAUCCUGUACUGCCUGAGCAGCAGUAAAUUUAAGAAGCUAUAUAUAUCAAUGUAUCUUCCCUUCCUGCUGGAGAAACAGAAACCGGAAAGUUCAGAAGAUACCGCAGAUGACUGAACCAAGUAAAAAAGAUGAUGCUUUGAAAAGGAUGUUGGGUGAAUUUCAGUCAGUUGCUUGCAAUUGCAUUUUUUUCGAAUACAUUUGGAAUAGUGAAUGGGUAGUAGACAUACAGUAUCGUGUCUAAGAUUUAUUUAUUUUUAAAAUGUUUUUUAAUCAAAGUCUGGAUUUUAGGGUUUAAAAUUUGUAGGAAUGUAUAAAUUGCAGAAAUGUAUGUUUUAGGCACUGUGACCAUUUUAAAUCACAUUUGUUUCCUACCUUUUCUAGUUCAUUUUUAAAUGGCCCUGCGGUGUGAAAGAUGUACAUACAGUCCAUGUAGUCAUUAUGAAUUCAGCGCAUGACCUCAUAUUAUGUUAUUAUUGAGCAGUAAUGAAAAAAAAAAACAAUUAGCCAUAUGCUUUUAAAAAUAGUAUUAGAUGAAGUAGCAUGUCACACUGCAGUCAAUUAAUUUUUUCCCAUUUUAUGGGACUUUCUGAUGUGAGUGACGUAGAUUUGUAAAUGUGACUCAUGACCUGUAGUCUAGAAACUGGAAAGUUAAGAUUUAAGAAACUUCUCUGUCAGGCACAGAGGAUGAAAUGUGCAAGAUUGCAUGUUUUACUUGCAUUUCAUGUUGGUUUGUUUUUUUAAUUAUUUGACUACUGAUUUGUAGAGAACAUGGUAUCUCAAAUUGAAUUUUAUUUCUUCACUAUUGUAAAAAUGCCUUUUUCUAAAGAGCAUAAAGAUAAAGGACUUCUCGAUUCCUACCGUUGGUGUUAUUAGUUGCCAGAGCCUCUGACUCAUUCUCAACCGCACCAGAAUAUUUGGUUGAGCUUUCCUUGAAGGCAUCUAAAUUCCCAGUAGGCUUGAGGGAAUCAGCUUCUGAAAAGCUCAGAGGUGUCUGGACCUGC